AUGUACGUCCCCUUUCACGACCUCCAUGCCAUCCACACCCUCUCCGGCGCCGCCAUCGGCUACGCGGCGCUGCUGCACUCCCUUGUCCACCUGCUCCGGUGGGGCCUGCAGGGGCGGCUCGACAUGGUGUGGGGCAGCGCAAGCGGCCUCAGCGGCGUGCUCGCCUGCCUCGUGACGCCAUUCGUCAGCUGGCCGAUGCAGUUCGCGCCGCUGCGGGCACGGCUCCGCUGGGAGCUCCGCAAAGGCCUCCACUACCUGUCUGUGCUGUGGGGGCUCGCCCUCUGCUUCCACGCGCCGCAGCAAUACAUCUCCUUCAUCGCCGGCAUCCCCUUGGCUCUCUACCUCUCGGACUGGGCCAUCGGCGCCAUGCUCAACACUCACCUUGUCGAGUCGCCGCUGCUCAGUCGUAUGGAGAAGUCGGUCGAGCUGACCUUUGAGCACCCGCCCGGCUUCCGGAGUGGCCGCGGCUACAUCUACGUGUGCAUCCCUUGGAUAUCGAGGAGCGAGUGGCACGCCUUCAGCUUGUUUGCACACCCCGACCUCCCCAACCACUCGUCGGUGUGCAUGAGCGUGAACGGCGAUUGGACCGCGAGAGUGCACAAGGCAGUCCGCGCGCGGACCGUGCGGCCGGCCUGGAUCUGCGGGCCCUUCGCCUCGCCGUAUAGCACGGCCGUGCACUACGAGGAUCUCAUUCUCGUCGCCUCCGGCAUCGGCAUUACACCCGCGAUGGACAUCAUCAACGCGUAUCGCGCCGGCAGCCGCCGUCUGUCGCUCAUCUGGUCGUGCCGCGACGCGAGUCUGCUCGAGUACUACCUGCAGCAUGGCCGCUUCGACAAGGACGGGUGGACCCUCAUAUACUACACGGGCAAGCGGAAGCUGCGCCUGCAGCGGAGCUCGCUGCCGGACACGCUGUGCGUCUUCCACGGCCGGCCUGUGUGGGACACGGUCAUUCGCGAGAUCAUCUCGUCGAUUGAGCUCGGCAUGGGGCUGCCCGAGGAGGUGGUGGCCGAGCGGGAGGCGUGUCUGGACGACCUGCUGCAGGCGCGCCAGGAGCUCGAGCUCUCCGGGGCGAGCACGCCGCUGCAGCGCUUCCAGGCAACGCAAGAGUCUCAGCACUCGGCCGCCGGUGUGCUGCUCGAGCUGCGGCAGAUUGCGGAUUUGGAUGAGGUGGACAUGGAGGCCUUCUCCUACCUGGUGCACCACAUGAUGCCCUCCGAGUUCAGCGCCGAAGAGGAGGCGGAGGUGUUCUCUGCGCUGGCGGCGGGCGAGCUGUCGGCGCGCGACAGCGUCGCGGGGCAGUGCGACCGCGAGGGCGCCACCAGCGCGGCGGAAGGGCGGCGAAUGCAGCCAAAUGAAGAGGCAGUGGGCAGCCCGCCCGCCGCUCUGAAGGGGCUGGAGCUGUACAUUUGCGGCGUCGAGGCGUCGCUUCGCAUCGACCUCUCCGCGCUGAGCCGGCGGCGCAGCCUUGUUAGCAGCGGCUACGGCUCGCUAGCGGGCGGACUCGAGACGACAGAGCUGCGUGGCCGAUACAGCAGCGCGAACGCGCCGGCGGGGCGGCUCAGCUUUGUGGCCCCGCUCGAGGGGGAGAGCGCGUCCUCCUCCGACGAUGGCCUCUCCGACGACGGGCGUGACGCCGUGGCCGCCCGGUCGCGCUCCUCCCAUCCCCUCUCGUCGACGAGCACCAACAGCAGCGGCUGGUCUCCGCCUCAUGCAGCUUCAUGCAAGAGCAGCCUCAGCACGGCCGACGGGAGCGUGCGGCUCCCUGCUGUCGACAGAGUGAGCAUCACAUCGGCUACAACCCUGAACCUAGGCUUGCUGCCGGGAAAGCACGCCGAGGUGGAAGCGCUGCUCGGCAAGAGCCGCCAACGGCCACAGCCGGCGUCGCCCGAGAAGCAGCAGCGGCCGUCGCCCGGCAAGGCGCCGCCGGAGCGGCUCUCGCUGCAAGCGCAGCAGCUGCAGAAAUUCGGCGCGACGCCGGACGAGGCGAGCCAGCUGCUGACCAGCCUGGAUGGAGUGGAUGCAGAGGUGACUAGGCGCUCGCCAAGUGGCAAAUCCUGCUCGCAGCCGGUGGUGGACGAGCUGACGCGCAUCAGCGGCGAGGUCGGCGUCGAUUUUCGAAUGGAGAAGUUUGAUUGGGCUCUCACAGCAGACUAG